UGAGUAGCUGUUUGUAAAUCUAUUAUUUAAUAUUCAGAUGAAAGUUGAAGUAUUAGAGUCAUGGGUGAGCGAUCUGGUUGCACAAAACACUCUGCUAGCGAGCACUGUUGAGGAGUUGGAGACGGAAGUAACAUCACGGCUUUUGGAAAAAAGACGCCACGCUGAGAUAGAGAUUGAGCUUCGCGCUGAAGCGGAUACGUUGCGCAGGCAUUUAGCUCGUAAGGACUCAGAUCUGCGCGGACUGCUGGAAGUGUUGCGGCGUCUCCGCGAGUUCGAUUUCUACGCGAUUGACGGAAUACACUUCAACGAAGUCACCGAGUCUGAUAUAUUUGGAUCUGUUAUGUGGCAAAAAUUGCAACAGGAACAAGGAGAUAACAAAACUGCCAUCAACCGGCAAGAUUCCAAGAAAAUGCAAAGAAAAUUGUAUAAAUUAUAUAAUUUGAGAGAUAAGAAUAAAAUGAUAUGCGACAAAGUGAACGAGAUGAAAGUGAAAAACGAUUCAUUGAAAAAGGAAAACUUGAACAAAGACAGGGAAAUACGAAGAUUAAACAAAGAUUUACAACAUUACGAACAAACGAUAAUGUCUUUAAGAAAUGAACUUUCCAUGAAUAAUUACCAAGCACCCGAUAUUCCCAAAAAAGACGCAGAAGUAAUGGCUGAUAUUAGCGCCGAAAAUAGACAGGAGUGCGAUGAUGUGGAGCCGGUAAAAGAGUCUGAGUUAGCAAUUGAAGAGCACCCGGUUUACCAGGAACGCAUGCAACAGCUUGAACAGAGCGCGAAGGUUAUGAUGUUUGAGGAGUGUGAUCUCAAAGCAUCUGUUGUACUAGAAUCGCGGUUGAGCAGCGAUUUCCGCAGUCUUCGUCAUGAGAAUGUGGCACUGCGCGAGAAGCUGAGCGCAAUGCAGCGCGUGUGUAUGGCGCUGGACGAACAGUGCCAUGUAGCGGCGUUACGAGCACAGUUCAAAGAUGAAGUCAUACAUGAGAUGCGACGCCAAUUAAGGCAGGCUAAGGCAAAAUCCCCAUCACCACCAAUUCUCAUAUCAGACAGCUCGAUAGCAGAACUUGAUGGAGUACCUAUUGAAAUUAGUGAUGUGGCUUGCGAUUGUGUUCCAUGUCCCUUCGCUUUAAAGGAAACGAUAGAUAAAGUUACCAGUAAAGUGAAGAGUAGCUCUUCAGAAAAAGAUAGAGAAUUAGAUUCUAGCAUAUUAUUUACUAAUAUCGGUACUGAAAUUGUCUACAGGGAAAUUAAAGCUACACGCGAAAGGGAAGCGUCGGACUUACAUAAGCUACUAAGUUUCCGCGAUGAGGAUUCAUUAGAAGUUAGAGGUAGAGUAGAGCAGUUGAUACUGAGUGAAUAUUGUUGUAAAAUGAUGUUUAACGGACUUUUUAUGUACGGGGAUUCAGAUACGAGUGAUUUUACAAAAGACAGUAUCGCUAGCAGCAUCGAGAGCGCGGCGAGCGACGCGGCGCGCGCGUGUUCCCUCGAGAACAAGUUGAUGGCAACCAUGCAAAUACUCAAGAACAAGGAAGAGACGAUACGCGUGCAGGCUGAAAGCUUGUCGCUGGCGGAGGCUCGCAUUGCUGCGCUGAACUCCAAGUGUCAGCAGUCAGCCAGCAAGCUGCAUCAGGCACAGCAGACAAAUUCUUUGAAUCUGAAGAGGAGUUCGGUGGACGGUAACAUAGUGGAGAUGGCUGAUGUAUCUACGAUGGUAGCGGAUUCGAAUAUCGUGGACACACUCCGGGACAAUUUGUCCGUUAUCGAAGAGUUCUACAGAGAAUGCUUCUAUGAAACAGCGAAACAGGAAGAACUGAUUACGAUGCUGCGAAGGUCGUACUUGGAUAUGAAGCUGGUUGAACGUCAGAAAUCUGAUCAUAUAGAUUUCCUGCAGAACACCUUGAAGUCACAAAAGAGUUCGAUCGAGCGUUACGAGGAUAUUGCUAUGGAAGUAGAAAAUUUGAAAACGGAAAUAUCGAACUUCAUUAACAACUCAUCGAACAAUGAUUCGGGCGUUUGGGGCUGCGAGCCGGCGGCUGAACUGCGCGACAUCGCGCGUCAGCUGUGUCGACUGCGGGAUAUGCUGCGGAACGAUUGCAUUUGUGGAUUGGCCGAGGAAAACGUAGAAUUGAAGCGAAGAAACGCAUCAAUGGAGACACAGCUACGAGAGUUGCAGCAGCGAGUGACCGAUUUGGAAGCCGCGUUAGAAGAUAAGGAGAACAUGGACCAGCAGUACCAAAAGCAGACUGAAGUCAAAGAGAAGGAGCUUCAACGCAUCAGACAGCAACUGAUGGCUCUGGAGCAAGGCUCACGGGACCAAGGCUCUGCCUGCGACACGCUCACAUUUCAACUGAAACAACUUGAAGGCAUGUUAAACGAUAAAACAGCUGAACUACUGAACAGCCAGCAGCUGUGCAAAUCGCAAGAGGUAACGAUAAGAGAUCUUCGAGAAGAGCUGCAUAAAGCCGACCUCAUUGUCACAGAGAACCGGCAGGUUCGGGCGGAGGUGUCGUCCCUCUCGGCGCAGGUGACGCAGUGGCGCGACCAGCUCGCAGAGAGUCGCCGCAGGCUGCGCGCGCUUGAGGACGAACUGCGCCUCGCCACCGACCACUGUCGACAUCUCGCCGCGCACUACAGAGAGAAGGCGGCGACGGCGCGUACGCUGCAGGCGCAGCUGGGCGAGGCGCAGCGGCGCGGCGCCGAGCUGUGCGCCGACACGCAGCGCGCCGUGCGCGGCGUGCGCCGCUGCCUCGCCGAGCAGCGCGCCCGGCGCCGGGCGCAGGACGACAAGAUUAAGGAACUGGAGAUGACGAUACGGACGCUCCGAUCGACCGCGGGGCGCCCCAGCGCGAGCGAGAACGACCCAUGCUGUUCUAAAUAUUUGUCGCGAGUGGAAGUGAUACGAAGCGACCGCAGUUGCGUUGGUGCGAGUGAGACGCCCGGAUGUUCCAAGUGUGCGUAUUCGAGGGGAUCGAUGCCGCCGAGCAGCGAGUCGGGCACUAGCCGGCUACCUCCCACUCCACCGAGAAGACUGUUAAGAAAGAAACCUUUGUGUUUGGAAAGAGUUUGCCAGUUCCCUGUGACCCGCGAGGCCGGCGUGCAGCGACCGCCGCGUCACGACGAGCUAGUCGACGCGCGACUGUCCUAUGAACACUCCACCCACUCGCUGCAAUCCUAUGACGAUACUCCUUCAAGGGAGUCGUCCCCGGAGCAGCUGCUGCGGCGCGUGGAGCGCGCGCACGACGCGCUGUGUGCGGCGCGGCGGGGGGGGCGCGCACACACACGCACACCCACACGCACGCACACCCGCGCGCCUGCGCCGUGA